AGACACAGUUUCGAGUCUGAAGAAGAAGCAGGGUAGAGCCGGAGGGGAAGUGGGGGGAGGGGACAAGGCUGCAGCCUGCUUGGGGACAAUUUGUGAUUAGCCCUUCCCCCACCAGGGCUCUAAACCCAGAGGCCAAGGCAGAACUCCAUUUCCCAGAAUGCCUGGGUGUUGACGUCACGCUAGUCUUGCCACCUCCUCUUCUGGCAGCCCCAAAGCUUGCUGGGAAUGUCAUGUGGGCAGUCUCAGCUCCUGGAAGGUGGACAGUCCUGGUUCUCUGGUCAUUUCUGGGCGCACACAGAGGAAGUCUCCCCCCUCGGGGCUGCCACCCCCUGAAGCACCCCAGGGUGGCCCUGCAGAGAGCCCGAAGCCAGAGGAAUGGCCCCCGGGACCCCGAGGCCCCCCUCCCAGGGGUCAAUAACAUUCCAUGAUGUGGCCGUGGACUUCACUGAGGAGGAGUGGGACCUGUUGGACCAUUCUCAGAAAGAGCUGUACAGGGAGGUCAUGCUGGAGAAUGUGCAGAAUCUACUCUCUAUGGGGCUUCUAGUUCCUGGAGAAAAUUUUAUCCCUUGUUUUCAGCAAGGGGAAGCCCCAUGGCUGCUAGAGCAAAAAGGCCCAAGAAACUCCUGUCCAGAGACAGAGACUAAUUUUGAAGCAAAGGAGAUGUCUACAAAGCAGAGCCUUUUUCUGGAAGGAUCUGGCUUCCAGAGAUGCAUGAAUAAGGGUCCCUGUCAUUUCAUUUUGAGAGAAAUGUGUGACUCUAAUAUCAAGGUAAAUAAAAAUCCAAAGAGUGACUGUGAAUUUGAUGAGACUACAGAGAAAUUCAUACAAUACCCAGGCUUAACUCAGUAUACAAAAUUGAGCUCAGGAAAUGACUGUUGUCAGGAUAGUGAAUACAAAAAAUGCUUUCCUGAAGAAGUAACACUUCUUCAGUUGUAUGAGAAACCUGUGGAAAUGCCCACGUAUCAAGAUAACCUAGGAGGAAUGGGCUUGGACUUGAGUUUAGACCUCAUUAGACAUUCAAAAAUUAAAUGUGUAAAAAUGGUUUCUGUGAGUGAUGAAGGUGGGAGACCUUCCUGUCACAACUCUGAGCUUGCUGCACAUGAGAGAAUCCACACUGGAGAGAGAUCUUAUGAAUGUAAACCGUGUGGAAAGACUUUCACUCAGAAGGGCCAUCUUGCUGCACAUCAGAGAAUCCACACUGGAGAGAAACCUUAUGAAUGUAAACAGUGUGGAAAGGCUUUCACAAGGAGGGGCUCUCUUGCUGCACAUCAGAGAAUCCACACUGGAGAGAAGCCUUAUGAAUGUAAACACUGUGGAAAGGCUUUCACAGAGAGGGGCGCUGUUGCUAGACAUCAGAGAAUCCACACUGGGGAGAAACCAUAUGAAUGUAAACAGUGUGGAAAGGCCUACACACAGAAGGGCCCCCUUGUUAAACAUCAGAGAAUCCACACUGGAGAGAAACCUUAUGAAUGUAAACAGUGUGGAAAGACUUUCACAGAUAGGAGCCAUCUUGCCAGACAUCACAGAAUCCACACUGGAGAGAAACCUUAUGAAUGUAAACUUUGUGGAAAGACUUUCACAGAUAGAGGCAAUUUUGCUAAACAUCAGAGAAUCCACACUGGAGAGAAACCUCAUGAAUGUAAACAGUGUGGAAAGGCUUUCACACUGAGGGGCCAUCUUACUCUACAUCAGAUAAUCCACACUGGACAUAAAUCUUAUAAAUGUAAACAGUGUGGAAAGGCUUUCACACGGAGCAGCUCUGUUACCAGACAUCAGAGAAUCCACACAGGAGAGAAAACUUUAUGAUUGUAAGCAGUGUGGAAAGGCUUUCACAAGGAGAGGGUCUCUUGCUUCACAUCAGAGAAUCCUGACUGGAGAGAAACCUUAUGAAUGUAAACUUUGUGGAAAGACUUUCACAGAUAGAGGCAAUUUUGCUAAAUAUCAGAGAAUCCACAGGAGAGAGAGACCUUAUGAAUGUAAUCUGUAGAAAGGCCUUCACACAGAAGGGCCCUCUUGCUGUACAUCAGAGAAUCCACACUAAAAGGAAACCUUAUGAAUGCAAAUAGAAUAGAAAGGCUUUCAUAGGGAGGAGUAAUCUUGGUAAACAUCAGCAAAUCCAUAAUGGAGAAGAACCUUUUUGUGUGGAGUGAAAAAUUAAUGUCUUAUUCUUAAGAUAACAGUUAUUAGUUUCAAAAUCAGUAAAACUGGCUUCUACCCACAUCCCCAUCAAGCUACCUUCAAGGUAAGAUUAUCCUACUCACACCCUUCUCCCUGUAGGACAAAAGCUUUAUAGCCUGUCAGUGUUUUGACUGUUCUUAGCCCCCAAAGUACCCCAUGAUCAAAUCUUAAGUACCCUUUUGUCUUAGAAGUUCUUCCCAUUGUAUCAAAGGCUUCCCCCAGAUAGUCAAGCCCAAUGACUGCAAUGGUACUGUGACUUUUAAAAUCUCCAUCUUGCUUGGUCUAGCACCCAAAAUUGUGCACACCCACACUACACGGGCAUGUGCUAGUCAAUGACAAAUCAGAAAUAACUGACUGCCCACCUGGGCUGUCCUAAGCCAAGCUUGAGUCACCAUUGACACUUGUGAGGCACAGGAAGGGAGGUAGGGAAUAGCCUCUGGAAUUUUCUCACUUCCUAUGGACAGGGCUAGGUGCCAGUUCGUGCUAGGAACUUGAGCAAGGAGGAGGCCCACAGACAGCUUUCCUUCAGAUCAGUCACGUGAGUCAAGGGACUGAUUCUCUUCUCUACCUUGGCCUUCGGGCCUAAACUCCCUCUGGCUCUGCCAGAAGGUUGAGUUAACCUUUUCCUUUUUCCCCUACUUUCCUUCUCUCCCUCUCCUUCUUUCUUACUCCCGUUGUGAUUAAACCACCAUAAACUCCAUUCUGACUUGAGUGUUUCAUUUUAGGAAUUUCAUAAGUAAAUUCCUUGGUGACCAUAAAUAAUAUUAUACCAAUCUUUAAAGGUGAUUUUAACAAUCACAGUUUGGAGACCAAGAAGGUUUAUUGAGUUCCCUCAAUAAAUUUCCUGAAUUUUCUUGCCUUUUCACCCUACUUCCUCCUUACUCAGUCAGUCCUUUUUAGCAGCUAACUCGGCUUAAAGACACAGCUGCCAGAACAGGUGAGUGUAAAACACUUUUUCUCUUCUCUUUUCUCCUUAAUUUAAAUUGGGGUCAGCAGGUUUUUUCUUUUCUUCCUCCUUUUAAUUUUAAGGGGGAAGCUGGGUGGCUCAGUGGAUUGAGAGCCAGACCAGGCUUAGAGACAGAAGAUCCUAGGUUCAGAUCUGACCUCAGAUACUUCCCAGGUGUGUGACUCUAUGAUAGCUAGAUAGGUAGCUAAAUCUAAUCAACUGAUUAGCAGCGAGGAAACACUGGAGAAUGGAGCCCUUGCUUCACAACAAAAAUGGCUGAGUACAGCUAGCGAGCCAACUUAAAGCCCAUUUUCCUGUUUCCCCGGCCUUUCUAAUCUUAAAAAUUUAAGUGGGCUUUGCUCAAGGAGAAUAGCACAUGGUACUAGCAGUUUUAGCCUGAGGGCUAAAGAAAGAUUGCUGGGGACCCUCCCAUAUACACACUUUUAAAAAGAAGGAGUUUUAGCUUUACUCUUUGUUUACAGUCUUUUCACUUGUAAUCAGCCCCUUUUCAUACAGCCUCUGCCUCCAGGCAUACGGUUUUGUCUGGCUUCCUCUUUACUUGUGACCCCUCCCAGACCUUAAAAAAAAAAAGCCUAGCCUAAGAGAAAAGAUAGGAGAAUUUACAACAGAAUAGGCCAUGGCAGUAGGCAGUGAAGAGAGCCACCUACUGACAAGAGGGAAAAGUUACAGGCGACUUAGUAAUUGACUUAAAAAAAAAAUGUGUCUUCAGCCCGUACGUGGAUUAUUUAAGAAUUUUUAUUUAAGAAUUGGCUUAUGAGCUGGAUAACAGUUACAUGGGAUUCCUAGUAGGUGUUCCUAUAGGAUGACUUUUCUCAAAGUCUAUAUGUGACCUUUGCACUCCUCUUCCUUGGGAUUGUAAUUGUUGGAGUUGUAAUAAUAUAUCUAAUUUCCUCUAAGAGAGCCCUGGAAAAUACCUUACAUGAGAUAAGGACACACAUAGGAUUACAUCAGCCUCCCCCUCAAGACCAUGUUUCCCAACCGAAACAAGUGCUUGUUCCUUUUAUUACUCAACAAAUUACGGGACAAAAUACUUUUAUUGAUCAACAAAUUAUGGAACAAAAUACUUCUAUUAAUCAGCGAUUUGCUGAAUAAGAUGAGCUUAUGGAGGAAAGAUGGGGAGAGAUCAAAGCUUUUCUGCAAAACACUUAAAGAGAGUUAAGGGCAUCCCAUAAUAGGAGUGAUUUAUCUCUUCAAUUCUCCAUCAUUAUCAGAUUCCCUGCCCCACCCUGCCCAAAACAAUUUGGGUCCUCCCCCUCCUGACCAACUGGCCCCUCCCCCCACCCAUGCCUCCUGCCCUGUCCCUGCUGAUCCCGCCCGUUUAGUCCCAGCCCAUGCCUCUUACCCUGUUCCCUCAGCCCUGCCCCCUGUUCCUGCCCAUCCUGCCCCAGCCCCUCCCCCGACCCAUGCUUAUGCUCCCAUUCUCAACCCCCAUGCCCCAACACCCAAUAAUCCUAACCCUUUCCCUUCUCUUACCUACCCCAUUGGAAAUGAAGCAAGAAACCUAGAAAUAGUAACACCAGGUAAUUUGGACAGAAGUUUAUUUCCAUUGAGGGAAGUACCUACCUUUAAUAAAGAGGGGAACUUGGUGUCUGUAAGACACUAUACACCUUUUAAACCUGACGAUUUAGAAACAUUCAAGCACAAUGUUCCAUAAUUUGAGGCAGAACCAAUAUUGGUUAUAGAAAAAUUAGAGAAUAUAUUCAGAAACUUUGACCCUUCUUGGUUGGAUGUGGAAAAUUUGUUAGAUACAUUUCUGACAAAGAGAGAGAAAAAUAAUGUUAUCUCUAGCUAAUCAGAAAAGAAGUAAAGGAGCACACCAUUGGCCAACUGUAGAUCCACACUGGAAUCCCAAUGUUGCACAAGAUCACACAAAACUAGUCCUGGCCAGAGAAGCAUUAUUAAGAGCCAUGAGAGAUUGCUCUGAUAGACCUGAAACAUGGGAAAAAUUUGAACUGUCCCGACAGAAAAUUAAUGAGACCCCCUUUCACUUUAUGGACAGAUUUAUUGAUGUAGGAAAUACAUAUGCGGACCUUGAUUUGACCAGAGAAAAGGACAUUAAACAUAUUCGCAGACAAUUCGUUAGGAAUUGUUGUUCAGUAGUAAAAGACUACUUCGAAACUAUCUGUCCCAACUGGGAGUCUAUGGACCUCGAAGAACUGAGGAAAGUAGCAACCUAUGUCUAUAAGGAUCAUACAAAAAAACCUGAGACACAAUACGUCAGUGGCAAACUUAAAAAAAAGAAAUUGAAAGGAUGAUACAGGAACAAUUGAAAAAUAAGGGAGGAAUCCACAGAUAAAUCUUUAAUAUGCCUCUUCUGUGGGAAGACAGGCCAUGCAAUGAUGGUCUGUAGGAGCUGGCUAUGGGAAAAAAGAAAUAAUAACAGCUUUAGGAAUAAUAACUAUAGGAACCACAAUGCCAAUCAAAACAAUGAUAGUGCUCCAAUGCGGAAAAUGAUAAUACCCAACACAAUGCCCAACAACAAUAUAUAAGAAAUGGAGCUUGACCACGCUACCUUCAGGGUGAACACCCCCAACAGUGUGGAGGGUCCCAAAAACCUGCCCAAGCAUCUUUAUGAAGCUGUGUGUGGGGGGGGAGGGGGUGAAGGCCUUGCAAUCAAAGAAUGAAACCUUUGAUUUUCCAGACCCUGAUAUUUUAAUGCCAAUAAUCCCUAUACAUUUCCCCCCCAAAUAGUAAGGAACCUAAUGUCACUUUAAAGGUAGGAAAUUCAUACUAUGACUGUCUUUUAGACACUGGAGCAUCUAGGUCAGUUUUAGUAAGCAAACCAGAUGGAAAGUGUGAUUCUAUUGGCUCCUUAAAUGUAGUAGGUGUAUCAGGAAAACCAUGAAAGGUCCCAAAACUUUCUCCUCACAUGGUAUGUGUGAGACCCCUAACUGUUGAACAUUCUUUUCUUUUAAUGCCUGGAUCCCCCACAAACUUGCUGGGGAGAGAUCUACUAUGCAAAUUACGAGCCACAAUAAUGUGUGCCCCAGAUGGCUCUCUCUCCUUAGAAGUGCCUGAGGAAUCCUUAAAUUUACUCCCUGUGCUUCUCUCAGAGAGCCAGGAUGCAAAAGAGCAUCCUACCUUUGAAAUACCUACAGAUAUACCGGAGUCUCUUUGGGCCACAUCUACUGAUGUAGGCUUACUUAAAUCAGCUGUUUCUGUGCAAAUAAAAACUAAAUCCAGCCCACCUCCUUGCAUUCCUCAGUAUCCUCUCCAAGAAGGCAACAGAGGGCAUUACCCCAAUAAUAAACUCAUUAAUUGAACAGGGAAUAAUUUUCCCUUGUAAAUCUGAAUACAACAUACCCAUUCUGCCCAUUAAAAAACCAAAAAGAGGGCCUGAUGGCAAACAUCUCUAUUGAUUCGUACAGGAUUUGAGGGCUGUGAAUAAUGACGUUAUAAGGAGGCACUCUGUACUUUCCAACAUCAAUACUGUUAUUUCCUCUAUUCCUAGCACAGCUACAUACUUUACAGUAGUGGACUUGUGCUCAGCCUUCUUUUCUAUACCCAUACAUGAGAACUCCAGGUAUAUUUUUGCCUUCACCUGGAAUGGCUCCAAUUUUCUUGUUCCAGAUUGCCCCAGGGUUAUGUAGAGAGCCCGAGCUUAUUUGCACAAAUUUUGAGCCAAGAUACAGAUAAUAUAAAAUUUAAAAACAGCAAAUUAAUAAAAUACGUAGAUGAUCUACUCUUGGCUUCCACAGAUGCAGAAGCAUGUCAGGAAGAUAGUAAACACCUUCUUUUGGAAUUGCACAAAAGGACAUAAGAUCUCAACGGAUAAAAUUCAGUGUUGUUUCCCCAAAGUAGAAUACUUGGGGUUCAUUCUGACAGCUGGUGCCCAUUCUAUUUCUCCCAAGUGAAUUGAGAAUAUUCAAAAUGUAACUGUUUCUACCACUAAAAAGCAGUUAAGGGCAAUUCUGGGAGCAACAGGGUUUUGCAGACAAUGAAUUCCUUGCUAUGGGGAAAUUACUAAACCCCUUAUAGCACUAACAAAGGAUUCAUUCCCUGAACCCCUCAAAUUAGAGCCUGAACACCUGUCAGCUCUGUCAGAGCUGAAAAAGGCUAUCCUGUCUGCCCCUGCUCUAGGCAUCCCAAAUUACAAGCCAUUUACUUUGUAUGUACAUGAGCGAAGAGGGGUAGCUUCAGAUGUUUUAACUCAGACUUUGGGGCCUUCUCAACGCCCAGUUGCUUAUUAUUCAGCCCAGCUGGACCCAAUAGUUUCAGGAGCACUACCAUGUCUUAGAGACAUGGCUGCUACUGCUUUACUGGUGACAAAAACCGUUGAUUUAGUAUUGGGAUGCCCAUUAACAAUUAUGUGCCCACAUGAGGUAGAAGCAUUAUUGUUAAGACAAAGAACACAGGCAUUUUCUGAUUAGCGAAUCACAAGGUAUGAAAUAACCUUGCUAAACAAUGAAAAUAUUACUCUGAAACACUGUACAACCCUUAAUCCUGCCACCUUGCUUCCAGACUUACCAACUUCAGGAGAACCAUUACACAGUUGUGAAACACUAGUGUCCAUGGCAGAAAAGCCUCAGGAUGAUCUCUUGGACACUCUUGGAAACUCAGACCUGAUCUUAUUUACUGAUGGUUCUUCUUUUGUGAGGGAUGGCAUACGCUACAGUGGAGCUGCUGUAAUCACAGAAUUUGCCACUGAGUGGUCAGCUUCACUGCCCUCUAACAUUAGUGCUCAAGGGGCAGAACUCAUAGCUCUGAAACAUGCCUAUAUAAUUGCCAACAAAAAGGCAACAAUUUAUAUGGAUUCUAGAUAUGCUUUUGGCAUUUUUCACUCAGUUGGAAUGUUAUGGCUCCAGAAAGGAUUUUUAACCUCAGCUGGAAAAUCCAUAGCUAAUGUGGAAAUUAUUAAUGAAGUUCUUUCUAGUUCAUUACUCAGCCCAUAUAGGUGGCACUGACCCUGUCUCUAGGGGAAAUGACCGAGCAGAUGCUGCUGCAAAGCUAGCAGCCAUAGGACCUGAAUUAAUUUUAACAUUAACAACCACUGAUGACUUACAUUUAUCACUUUCCUAUAAUGAAAAGGAAGUGGAAAAAUGGAAACAAAAAUUCAAAGCAAAACAGAUCAAUGGAGUAUGGGUGUCAUCUGAAGGAAAACCCCUGCUCCCUAGAAGUUUCUAUCACCAAAUUUGCCAAUCCGUUCAUAAGAAUGGCCACUUUGGUACCCAGGGCAUCAUGGACUCUGUUAGAGUGUGGAUAGCUCCUGGAAUAACUACCAAAGCCUCUAAAGUGUGUUCAGCCUGCUCUACCUACUAGGCAUAUAACCAACAUGCCUUUUGUGGAAAAGCCUUUGGUGGGCGACCUCUGGCUUACACACCUUUUGAGUAGCUGCAGAUAGAUUUCAUAACGAUGCCAAAGGCUGGACAAUAUAAAUUUUGUCUGGUCAUAGUAGACCAACUGACCAGAUGGCCGGAAGCAUUUCGUAUAGCCCAAGACACAGCGGCUUUUGUUGCUAAGGUGCUUUUAAAAGAAAUUAUUCCUCGCUUUGGCCUGCCAGCACGUAUUGAUUCCAAUAGGGGAAUCAUUCUGUUCUGAAUGAUGGAAUGAUUCUGUUCUAAAUCAGAUAUAUUCUUGCUUGGGGAUAACUCCAAAAUUCCAUGUUCCAUAUCAUCCCUAGAGUUCAGGCCAAGUUGAAAGGUUGAAUAAAGAACUUAAAACUUUGAUUGGCAAAUUAUGCACUGAGACCCAUUUAAAAUGGCCUGAAAUUCUCCCUCUGGCCCUAUUUUAUUUUGUAAGCAGGCCUAGAGGAGACUUGCACAUCUCGCCAUUUGAGAUGCUUUUUGGACAUCCGCCUAUACAGGCUAAGCCUUUCUCCCUGGUUUAUACAUCGCUAUUAGGGGGAGAUACUACUAUUGCUUCCUGUAUACAGGAAUUACAGCACAAACUGCGUGAGGUACAUGAAUCAGGAGCUGCAGUACAAGCUGGACCAUUAGACUUCUCACUUCACGACCUGAACUCAGGAGACAAUGUGUAUAUAAAGAAUUUCCAGCGUACAGGAGCAACCCAGCCUUCCUGGGAAGGACCAUUCCAAAUAUUGUUAACUACUCCAACAUCUAUAAAGGUUGGAGAGGACUCUUGGAUUCAUUGCUCACAUGUAAAGAGAGCAUCUUCUAUUGAGACUGAUUGACUGUCUCCUAUAUAUGUAUUGGAGAUAACUACCCAUUGACAAGUGGAACUGUUUUAUUUUGUUUUUAACACAUUGAAUUCCUGAAUUUAUUUUUUCCCUUUUUCUCUUUUCCUUAGUUUGUUAUUAUUUUUCUUUUAUUAAAAUAUUUUAUUUUUCCCUUUUCUCAUUUCUGUGUACUCAAGGUACAUAUAAUCAAUAUUAAUUUUAUUCUACAAUAAUAUUAGUUUAAAUAUAUAUACUUGCUAUAUUAUUAAUACAUACCCAAACAGCUUUAGACUAUGGGAACCUGCCAUUUAUUGAUAAUUGUUGUGGGACUAUGAUUAAUGCUUGUGUCUGAUUCUAGGAACGGGAGCACAGAGAUAACCUGAAUAUGCCAAAAGAGCUCACAGGUCUGAAAAUCAAAAACCAAUCCAGGUAGGAUUGAUGCACUUCUAAGCCAAUACUAAUGACUUGAACCUACUGUGAGACUCGGGGUUGCGACAUUUGACAUAUGUUAAGGUGUAGGCCUUCCUUGUAUCUACACUCUUUGUGAAAAUACUUACAGACAAGUACCAAAGGUUGGCUAUCAUCCUGGCUCCCUCUAUCCCUGAGAAUGAAGGUAAAAUCAGACAAGGGAAUGACACUUCCCUAUAAAAAUAAGAAUCUGGUCCUUUUUUCUCUCUUAUAGUAUGGCAACUUCCUGUAGCCUUGGCUGCAAAUGGGUAAGUGAAAUUUACUGCAUUCUAUCCUACAGAUUUAUGGGAUUAGAAAUUACUUAACUGGACCCUAAUACAGGGGCCUGUGAGAAAAUUUAUUCUUGCUUUCUCAGAAUUUUGUAUACAUAGAUUGUUGAUAUUUUGAUACUGAUUUUGAAUUCUUCUUCAAUAUAAAUAUAUAUAUAUAAAGGGUUUGCAUUUUUUCCCUUAAAUUUUCCCUUUUUUUUGUUUUUGAUUUUGAUUUCAUUUUUGGUUUUGUUUUCCUUUUGAAUGAAUUCAACCCCCCCCAACUAAACCUUGCAUCCUCAGCUGGACUCGUUUUUUUUUCAACACUUUCUUCAGGGGGGGAUUAUAUUUUCAUAAAAUCCAAGAUUUAAAUUUUGUUUGAGAUAGAUCUUCAGAGAAGAAGCUUGCUAACUGACUGAAUCCAGAUAAUGAACAGUUUGCAGAAAGAUACUUAAAACUCUUUCACUACAGGAAGAUCUGGAAUGAACCUUGGGGUGUGAUUGAUUGAACAUUUUUUGAAUGCACACUCUUAUGCCAAAGGGGAAUGCCCCCUAAUUGGCUUUUGUCAAUGCGCCCAGCAAAACAUUUGCUGUUUUUCUCUCUCCUCUAUUUCCCCUUUUCUACAACUAUUGUAGUUUUCCUUUUAGUUGGUAAAAUUUUGUAUACACUUGCAGUUAGAAGUUUUUGGGGUGUAGGACGCUUAUGUUUAGUAAUCAGUUGGGGAGACUAGUCCCCCAAUCACCAUCAGGGGGGAUUGUGAAUUUUAAAAUCUCCAUCUUGCUGGGUCUAGCACCCAAAAUUGUGCACACCCAGUACACGGGCAUGUGCUAGUUGAUGACAAAUCAGAAAUAACUAACUGCCCACCUGGACUGUCCUAAGCCAAGCUUGAGUCACCGUUGACACUUGUGAGGCACAGGAAGGGAGGUAGGGAACAGCCUCUGGAAUUUUCUCACUUCCUAUGGACAGGGCUAGGUGCCAGUUCGUGCUAGGAACUUGAGCAAGGAGGAGGCCCACAGACAGCUUUCCUUCAGAUCAGUCACGUGAGUCAAGGGGCUGAUUCUCUUCUCUACCUUGGCCUUUGGGCCUAAACUCCCUCUGGCUCUGCCAGAAGGUUGAGUUAACCCUUUUCCUUUUUCCCCUACGUUCCUUCUCUCCCUCUCCUUCUUUCUUACUCCCGUUGUGAUUAAACCACCAUAAACUCCAUUCUGACUUGAGUGUUUCAUUUUAGGAAUUUCAUAAGUAAAUUCCUUGGCGACCAUAAAUAAUAUUAUACCAAUCUUUAAAGGUGAUUUUCACAAUCAUAGUUCUGAGUACCCAUUGUAAAAGCUCAGAUAAUCCAGUCGCCCAUCCCAUUUUUCUUUGUAUCUGUCUCCACUUUCCUGAUCAUUUCUUUAAAUUUGCUUGAAUGUACUCACUGUAAAGGUAUUUAAGUGAAUAUUUCUGUCCUUUAUUUCUGGAUUUCAACCAUUGUAAAAAUGUUAUAAUCCCUUCACAGAGGCUUGGUUGUAUCAGAAUUCUCCUCUAAAGAAGGGAUUUUUCUGUGAUUUUGGAAUAUUUGUCUUAGGUCAAUGGCUUGAGCUAGUGCUUCACAUUUUCUCUCUCUCAGUAAAGCAUUACGUCUUAA